AUGGGUCUCGAGAACAUCAAACACGUCGUGCUCAUCCUUUCUGGCAAGGGAGGUGUCGGAAAAUCCAGUGUCACUCUGCAGCUCGCCCUCUCCCUUACGCAGCAAGGUCACAAUGUCGGAAUUCUUGAUAUUGAUCUUACCGGUCCCAGUAUACCGCGGUUCCUCAACUUAGAACACAAGAAAGUGACACAGGCUCCUGGCGGCUGGCUGCCGGUCAAGGUACAUGAUGCAAGAGAAGCAGAAGACGAGGACAAACCGAAUAGAGGCUCCCUCCACGCUUUAUCCUUAGCAUUCCUCCUCCCCUCUCGAUCUUCGGCCGUCAUCUGGCGUGGACCAAAGAAGACUGCAAUGAUCAGACAAUUCGUUUCCGAUGUUCUAUGGCCGCCAAACACAGACUACCUCCUUAUUGAUACCCCACCCGGCACUAGUGACGAGCACAUCGCGAUCGUCGAGGAACUACAUAAACUUGCUGCUGAUGUGCAGCCUGUGACAUCUUCCAACGGGAAUGGCUUGGCCCUCGAGAUUGACACCAGACCCAAACUUUCCGGCGCAGUGGUGGUCACCACUCCACAGGCCAUUGCGACAGCUGAUGUGCGCAAAGAGCUGAAUUUCUGCGUCAAGACUCAGGUACCCGUGCUGGGAGUCAUCGAAAAUAUGGCAGGCUACAUGUGCCCAUGCUGUGGCGAGAUCAGCAACGUUUUCAGCAAGGGCGGAGGUGAGAUCAUGGCUCGCGAGACCAACGUCCCUUUUCUAGGAUCCGUUCCCAUCGAUACUGGCUUUGGAGCCAUGGUCGAAGGCGCGAAGGAUGUGCAGAAUUCUGCCAACGGCGCGUCGGCAACGAAUGGUCACGAUCCUGGAGAGCCUGCAGAACUGGUCGAGAGAUACAGGAGAUGCGGACUAUAUCCCAUCUUUGCGGAUUUUGCCACCACGAUAGACCAAAAAAUACAGAACUCGGCAGUUCCUUGA